CGACAGUUCCAGGCCUCGUCACUCUGGAUCAUCCAUCAUGCCCCCCUUCAAGGAUGAGCACAUUCUGAUAAUUGCGCCAGGCUCGCAAGUGACCCUGGCGCAGCUCGGCCUUCCUGAGUCGUUUACGCCUGCUCGCUUCCGCUUUCCCACGCGUAUGUUCCAUGCCGAGAAAAAGGGCGAAUAUGAGCCAUACAAGAUUCGCGAGCGUCGGCAGGAAGUCCCGGUCAGCAAGGGUGUUGAGGCGCCCAAGGAGGACGUGGAGAUGAAAGAUGCGGAUCCCGCAGCCCAACAAGACGCGGUGAAGACGGGGACGACCGAGCAGCCUUCCGAAACCCCUGCCAACACAGAGAAGAAGGAGGAAACACAAUCUACCGACGGCCAACCGGCCGACCCCGCCGCCAAGCCUACGACCACGGAGGUCUACUAUGAAGAAGACGUGACAUCGGACGAAGGGGCGAUCUAUCCCAUCCAGAAUGGCCGCAUUGUCGACUGGCCAUGCUUCUUCGCCCUCCUGAGCCACGUCCACAAUACCCUCAGCCCCCCGUUCCACACCCCGAUUAUGCUCAUCGCCGAACCGAUCUGGUCCGCACGGGACCGCGAGACGAUCACCCAAUUCGUUUUUGAGAAGUUCAAGACACCUGCUUUCUGCAUGAUGGACUCUGCGCUCGCAGUCUGUUACGGCUACGGUACAUCAACGGCCACGGUGGUUGAUGUCGGCAAGGAUAAAGUCGACGUUACGGCCGUCACGGAUUUCAUUGUCAGCGAACACGGAAGAGGCCUUGCCUUGGAAGGCUGCGGAGGAGACUACAUGACAGAUCGCCUUGUGGAGCUCUUGGGCUCGAAAGGCUUCUCUAGAGAGAUGUGCGAACAGCUGAAACGUAGCAACAUCACCGAGCUUCUGCCUCCUGGAACGCCGCUGCCCGGAGCCGCUGCAACCUCACGACAAGGCGUCAACCCCGCCGCAUCGGCGUCCACCGGGGCACAGAAUGGCAGCACAAAUGAGACAAUUCCCCGUGGCCCGGGUGUGGGUACCCAAACCGGGACCGAGGGGAACGGAGACGACGAAGACGAGGGUUUGUUGGACGUCGCUGCCAUUGUUAGCGGCAACACCAGCGAAUUUCUCGCCAACCGUGAGAAAGAAAAGGCGGAGAAGGCUUCUACCAAGAAGAGUAGUGUAGAUCAAAGCGCAAAGCCCGUUCGUCUACCCAAUUCGAAGAAAGAGAAGGCCACGUUCCAGUUCGAGGAGUAUGUGAGGUUAGAGUCCGAAAAGGAUGGAUCGAACGGUUCCGGUCGGUACAUCCGUCAAUCGCGGGAGAUUGAGGUCGGUGUCGAGCGCUUCCUGGCGGCAACGCCCAAGCAGAACUCCGGCGAGCGCCUAACGAACGGCCUUUUGGAGGAUAUCGCAACCCAAAUCCACCACACGAUUCUUGCUGUGCCAGAUGCAACCAAGCGGAGUGAGCUCUGGGAUUCAUUAAUUGUCGUCGGUAAUGGCAGCAAAAUCAAGGGAUUCACGGCAUCUCUGCUCGGCGCCAUCACCCAAAAAUACAUCCUCUCCCCAUCUGCUACCAUGUUCACCUCCGAGAUCCCCUCAAACUUCUCCACCCCUCUUCCGACUGGAGGAACCAACACUCCUGCACCUUCCGGCCAGCCGGGUCCGAUGAACCACCCUGCUGGCCACGGUGUCAAUCCUCUCCUUGUGGCUGCCACCCACUCCAACAACCCGGCAUCUUCCAGCAUGCCCCCGGGAACCCCACUAAUGGACCCCACCUCGAUGUCGCAUCAUCGAUCCACGGGACACUCGCAGACGCCGACCUCCGUCAAGACCCUGCGGCCUCCGGAGUAUUUCUCCGAGUGGAAGGAGCAGGCGAACACAAACGCACCCGGAGCGGCUGGCCCUGGCGGCCCUGGCGCGGCGAGUAGCGGCCAUGGUAUGGAGGAGGCAGUCUUCCUGGGGGCUCAGGUCGCAUCCAAGGUCGUUUUCGUGCUCGAUCAGGGUCUCAGCAAGGGCUUCAUGACCCGAGUGGAGUAUAACGAGAAUGGGCCGUCAGCGAUUCAUGAUUAUGUCAUGUGAUGGACUUUUAACGCAGGAGAGAGGAGAUAACGCACGAUGAUUCUGAUUUAAGGAUAUGGAAUUGCUCUUGUUUCGAAUUCUGAAAUACUCAAAUAAUGUAUUUGUCAACAACAAAGGAUUUCGUUCUCUCUAAUUUUGUACUCUAACAUCACGACUGGC